CACACCAACACAAAAGGAAAAGGCCCAAAGCCCACAAAACAUCAAUCUCAUUCAUGUAAUCCUCUCUCUCUCUCUCUCUCUCUCUCUCUCUCUCUCUCUCCCCUUGCAUGCAAAUCUCAUUUCACUUCAUUUUCUUCUUCUUUCAUGGCAUCACCCACCGAACCAUGUUCGAGUACUCCCAGCCUCAGUAUCAUAGUCGAAAGCAAUCCAUCCAAUUCGCGGUUAUCCGAAUUGGGUAUUAAGUCAUGGCCAAAGUGGGGUUGUCCUCCUGGGAUAUACAAACUGAAGUUCGAUGCAGAAGAGACAUGUUAUCUGGUUAAGGGAAAGGUUAAAGCCUACCCAAAAGGAUCAAAGGAAUGUGUCGAGUUUGGCGCAGGAGACGUUGUGGUUAUCCCCAAGGGACUUAGUUGCACCUGGGAUAUCUCUGUUGCUGUUGACAAAUACUACAAGUUUGAAUCUUCAUCCUCAUCAUCAACUUCUUAGAUUCCCAACAAAAUGGAUUACCCAGUCGACGUUUGUAAAAGAGGCCUCUUCGAAAUGUUCGUUGUCAAUACAUUUUGUUACGCUUCCCUUUGUUCAAUGUAACGUUUCGUAGUCGUAAUAUUUGAUGUUUGAAGAGCCUGCUGCUCUCCCUGGGUCUAUCGAUCUUUCUGCCUUUGUAAUAGGUGUAUAAGCAGGAAAACUAGCUCAAUUCAUAAUCGAAUUAAGAUACUCUUUGUCCG